AUGAGCAUUGUCCAGAUUCCGAAUACAAACAAGAUUGUCAUCAUCGACUGCCUGACGUCUAUUGAAACCGCCAACGCAGCUUUUAUGCUCUAUCAGGACCAUCACAAGGAACGAUUCCAGCGUGAACCCGAAAUUCACGCCCUCUUGUACACCCACAACCACGUUGACCACUUUGGAGGAGCCCAGGCGAUUGUGAAAUUAGCUGGCGAUGAGAACAUCCGAAUCAUCGGUCCUGACGGCUUCCUUGAACAUGCCGUGAGCGAGAAUUCUCCCACAGGUCAGAUUGGUUGUGGCCUCGGCCAGGGGCUGUCAAGAGGACACAGCUCCUUGGUGGCACCUAACCAGAGCAUCAAAGAGGACGACGGUGUCCUGAGGCCCGGCAUCGUAGGGCUGGAAAUUAUCUGCCAACUUACACCUGGCACGGAGGCGCCUGCCGAGGUCAACUCUUACUUCCCGGCCUACAAUGGCUUCUGCAUGGCGGAGAACGCAACGCAUACGUUGCACAACAUCCAGACGCUGCGAGGGGCCCCAGUCCGCGACGCUCGACUCUGGUCUCGAUACCUCGACGAGUCUAUUUCUCUGUUUGGGCACAAGGCCGACGUCGUCUUCUCCAGCCACCACUGGCCGACAUGGAAGCAUGAUGGUGCCGGCAGCGGCAUCCAAGACGACAAGGUGGAAACGCCACGCAUCUUGAUUUUGACUUUUCUAUCCGAGCAGCGCGACUACUACGCCCACCUCCACAACGAAACACUACGCCUGCUCAACAACGGUAGCACCCCGGCUGAAAUCUCGGAACAGAUUAUGACGCCGCCUAACCUGAGCCUUCGAACGAACCUGCGUGGCUACGACGGCUCAGGGAAUCUCCGAUUCGCGGCCACUCUUCUGAACAAGAUUAUCUUUGCGGAUCCAAAAAACACCGACGCAAAGAACGAACUGAUUUCUGUCUACCGGGAGCUAGGACAAGGCGCCGAAAACGGUACCUGGUGCAACAGAUAUCUCUGCGGCGCGCACGAGCUGCAGUACGGGCCUCACGAGGCCAUCAACGUUAUGACGCCCUCGUCCGUGAUGGCUCUAAACUUGGGUGAGCUUUUCGACACCAUGGCCAUCCGCAUCAACGGCCCAGAGGCAUUUGCCCUCGAGAACGCAAUUGCUAUCAAUUUCAUGGUGGAGGACAUGCCGCGAAAGUCGCUUCCAGGAAAGGGCCCGAUCGGGUGGCACCUGAGGUUGAGUAACGGCGCCAUGACUGGACAUGGAAUCCCAUUUGUCUCGUUUAAAAACCCCAGAGAUGGCGGCGACAUGAAAGACAGCAAAGCCGAACUCACAGUCUGGCUCUCGCACGGGACCCUGGUCACGGUUGUCGGAACCGCCGCCGCGGGUCACAAGACCGAGAUCAAGACCUACCAAGUCGUGACUCUCGGAGACCCGGGACAAGGCCAUUGCCUUUAUCCAAAAGCCUGA